AACCAGAUUCAUCCCGCUCCACUUUCCGCUCUUCAAUUCUCACACACCACACAUAGUGGAGCAACCAAUUGCGAUCGAUAGCAGAUCUCAGACGCAUACCUAAGUGCGGGAAGCUCAGAUAUGUCGUCUCGUCACGAGAAGGAGAAAGGCGUCAAUGUUCAAGUUCUCCUCCGUUGCAGACCGUUUAGCGACGAUGAGUUGCGGAACAAUGCGCCGCAGGUGGUUACGUGCAAUGAGUACCAGAGAGAGGUCUCCGUUUCGCAGAAUAUCGCUGGAAAACAUAUCGAUAGAACUUUUAUGUUUGACAAGGUGUUUGGGCCUAAUUCCCAGCAGAAGGAUCUAUAUGACCAAGCAGUUAUCCCGAUAGUAAAUGAGGUUUUGGAUGGUUUUAACUGUACAAUCUUUGCCUAUGGACAAACUGGAACUGGAAAAACAUACACCAUGGAGGGAGAAUGCAAGAGGUCGAAGAGUGGUCCAAAUGGAGAAUUGCCUCCAGGAGCAGGAGUCAUACCCAGAGCAGUAAAGCAAAUAUUCGAUACUCUAGAAGGUCAAUGUGCAGAGUAUAGCGUGAAAGUCACUUUCUUGGAGUUAUACAAUGAAGAAAUAACCGAUUUGCUGGCCCCUGAUGAAAUAUCUAAAAUUGCCUUGGAAGAAAAGCAGAAAAAACAAUUGCCACUCAUGGAAGAUGGCAAAGGUGGUGUUCUUGUGAGAGGACUCGAAGAGGAGAUCGUGACAAGUGCUUUUGAGAUUUUCACGUUACUUGAAAGGGGAUCUGCAAAGCGUCGAACUGCAGAAACCUUGUUGAAUAAACAAUCAAGUCGGUCACAUUCUCUAUUUUCUGUAACAAUUCAUAUAAAGGAAGCAACCCCUGAAGGCGAAGAACUAAUAAAAUGUGGCAAGUUGAAUUUGGUUGAUUUGGCAGGUUCCGAGAACAUCUCACGUUCUGGUGCUAGGGAGGGAAGGGCAAGAGAGGCUGGAGAAAUAAACAAAAGUUUACUUACCUUAGGGCGUGUAAUAAAUGCUCUUGUCGAGCAUGGCGGGCAUAUUCCUUACAGGGACAGCAAGCUAACACGUCUUCUACGAGAUUCAUUGGGGGGAAGAACAAAGACAUGUAUCAUUGCCACAGUAUCACCAGCUGUACAUUGUCUUGAGGAGACCCUCAGCACACUAGAUUAUGCCCAUAGGGCUAAGAACAUAAAGAAUAAGCCUGAGGUGAACCAAAAAAUGAUGAAGUCGACUCUUAUCAAAGAUCUCUAUGGUGAAAUAGAAAGACUGAAAACAGAGGUAUAUGCUGCACGGGAGAAGAAUGGUGUGUACAUCCCUAAGGAGCGGUACUAUCAAGAGGAGAGUGAGAGAAAGGCUAUGGCUGAUCAGAUUGAACAAAUGACAGUGACCAUGGAAAACCAUCAGAAGAAAACAGAGGAAUUGCAAGGAAAAUAUGAUGACCAGGUCCAACAAUGCUGUGCUUUGAGCAACAAACUUGAUGCAACCCAAAAAGAUUUAGACUCAACUACCAAGUUGUUAUCAAACACUGAAGAUGAGCUAAGGCUUUGCAAAUAUUCCCUAAAAGAGCGAGACUUUAUCAUCUCUGAACAGAAAAAAGCAGAGAAUGCAUUAGCUCAUCAAGCAUGUGUUUUGCGAGCUGAUCUUGAGAAGUCUCAGAAGGAUAAUGCUUCACUCUUUCUCAAAAUUGCCAGAGAGGACAAACUGAAUGCUGAUAACAGAUCGACUGUGAAUACAUUCACAUUUGAUCUUACCCAGCAGCUUAAUACCAUUUCUAGCUCACUGGUUGCAUCUGUAUCCCGGCAAAGAGAGCACCUCCAGUGUGUUGAAAACCUCUGCAACUCUUUUCUACAGAUACAUGAUAAGGCUCAUGUGGAACUAAAACAGAAAGUGAGUUCUUCAAGGGCUUUGUAUGUAUCUCAUUUUGAGGCAGUACAAAAUGUUGUCCAUCUGCACAAAGCUGGUAGUAAUGCUGCUCUGGAGGAACUUUCUGCUUUGGCUUCUUGUAAUUCACAGUCUAUUGAAGCAUUUUUAGCUGCUGAAGCUGUUGAAGUGAAAUCAGUUUUCAAUGAUCUUCAUGAUAUUUUAUCUAGUCAUCAAGGGGAAAUGGCUCACUUGGCAAGGGAGCUUCGACAGAGAUUUAUUGCAAGUACAGAACACCUAACAAGUACAUCAGAAUCUAUUCAUGGAUGUGUUGAUAAGAUUUUGGAAGAAUCUAAAAGCCUCAAAUGUCAUGCAACUCAAGUUGAUGAAACUCAGAUGAAGAGCAUAGCAGAAUUUCGGAAUUCUUAUGAGGAACAAUCAAAGUCAGAAGCAGAGAAGCUCAUUGCUGAUAUGACCUCUCUUGUUUCUAAAUGCAUGCUUCGUCAGAAAGAGAUGGUGGAAGCAAAGCUGGAUAGUCUUAAGGAUAGUGCAAUCGGAAAUAAGAUAUUCUUGGAUGGCCAUGUUUCUACAAUUGAUGGAAUUACAACAGAUCUUAAAAGAAAGUGGCAGGAUUCCUUUUCACAUGCAGAUAGUAGUUUUAAGGAAAAUGCUGAUUUCUCUGCAGCCAAGCAUUGUCGUAUGGAGUUGCUCAUGCAGAAAUGUGGAAGCAGUGCUGAUACUGCUUUGAAGCGGUGGCAUACAAUGCAAGAAUCUUUAAAUGACAUGGGAAAGCAAAAUUCAUUAGCCAUUGAUGCACAUGUUAGGAAUAUGCAUUAUAGCAAUGAACAGCAUGAUGCUGAAAUUGGGUCUGCAAGAGAAUUGGUUGAGGAGGACAUCAAAAGAAAUAGCGAUGAUAUUAUUCAGUGUUUUGAUGGCUUGUCAGAACAAGAGAAAUCAUCUGUUUCUGAAGUGUUGUCUACCUCUAAAGAGCACUCAGAAACGAUUCAGAAUCUUGUCAACGAUCAUUCCCAGCAGUCAGCCUGCAUCGAGCAACAUGCUAUUGAUACUUUUGGGCAGAAAUAUGCGGAUUACGAGCCUACUGGCAUGACACCUGUUCGAAGUGAGCCUGAUAUUCCGGGCAAGGAGACUAUCGAGUCACUGCGAGCAGUGCCAAUGGAGGCCCUUCAAGAGGAGUUCAGGGAAAACCAUCCAUUUGAAUCUUUUCAUGCAAAGCAAGUGAGGCCUCCGGUUGCUCCUCGUGAGCCGCUGUCGGAGAUCAACUAGGAGCAGCCAUGGCUUCACCUUUUUGGCAUGAUGACUCACUCACUAACUCUGGAUUUGUACUUGUUCUUGUAUACAUCAAUAUGAAUUGGGAAAAGUUGUUGGUCUUUGUUGUAGGGAUUAUCCAAUACAAAUGGAUCCUUUCUUGGGAUUUACUGAAUAUUGUAAACUUAUCAUUUUUCCAUUAGCCACUCUUAUUUAAGAAAGAGCGAAAAUUUGUCA